AUGGCAAGGCUGGAUAUGGAUAUUCAAGGACUUUCAAGCGAAGACGAGGCUCUUCCUGGUGAAAAAGAUACUGAGUAUGUUCCUGAGUCCAAUGCAGGGAGGCCACCAACGAUAGCACUUGUAGAUUCCCAAACAAAACUUCAAUUGCUAAUGGACAAAAUAGAUGGCCUAACACACUCAUUGAACCAAUUUCAACAACGCCAAAACACAGCCACAAAUAUAGGAAAGAGAAGGCAUGGUCCUGAAGGUGAGGAUGAAAAAGAUCUUGUGAGUACUGAUAUUCUUUAUGAGCUUUAAUUAGAUAUCUAUAUAAUAAGCAAGGUCCUAAUUUAUUUAAAAAUAGAUUAUUUGCUUGUCAAUCCUGAGAUUUAAGAUUUAAGAUUACGAUAACACUUUGUCGACCCCCACUUAGCUUAGGAUUUGACAAUACAAGCUCAUCCUUCCUGAAUUCCAUAACUGGCUAACAGCUCUGAACAACGGUAGGUGGAAUCGGCCUAACCGUUGAACCGUUACAGUAGCCUAUGACCUAGACGAGUCUCUCUUCCUCCCUUGAAGUUGAUUCAAGUACACCAGGAACUGCCGAAGCAGUUCCAGCGCCAAUAUCCUUCAGAAAGACUGAACUUCCCUUACUAGGAUGACCUUUAGGGGACAAUGACCCUAAUUCAUGCGCUCCAUUUUUAAUUGUGAUCCUGAGAUCAAUUAUAUAAAAUUUUAUAGCACAAUCUACACCGUAAAGUUGACUGAACAGCCGAAGAGUAUUGUAAAUGGGGUAAUGAGGGAGUAUCAAUUAGAAGGCCUCAACUGACUGCUGAAAAUGAAUGCUUGCAAGGUGAGCGCAAUUCUAGCUGAUGAAAUGGGCCUUGGCAAAACCCUCCAAACAAUUUCUUUAUUAUCAUAUUUGAUCUUAUAUACGUAAAAUGGCGGACGGCGACCGACCCACCCCUCUCAGUGGUGGUUACCGGGCAUGGGUUUUUGGAGCCAGGAGUUAGCCCAACAACGUCUGGGACCUCGAAGCGAGAGGCCUAAGCGCAAAAGCCGCUGUUUUUGUGACCAAACCCAUGGGCAGUUACUCGUGACUUCUUUUUGCCAGCAGCGCUCAGCCCAGUGAGUGCCCGAAAUGAGGCAGAGCGACUUACCUGCCUAAGCUGCUUUUGUGGCUCGCCCCGAAUGGCGAAAGCUGUUGAGUUCUUUCUCGGGAUGACCGGAAAAGAGGGGAAGGCGAGUUAGACAGCUAAACGGGGGUCUCUCCAGUUUAAAAGGUGCCCUUCAAUGGGCAGAUCUGGCGGACGACGCGGCAGUGUUGGCGUAAACUUAGGCGACGAUCCAGGUUGGAAAUGGAGGCAGUCAGCAAAGCCGGUAUGAGACGGCCCUUGACAAUGCCUCUACCGAGAAACUGGGGGUUUCGGCCCGGGCUUGGUGAACGCUCUGCCACCAUACGGGGAAACCGUAGAAUGCUUCCUCGGACGUAGUGGGGACCUUAAAUACCUAGCGUUAAUCUAAUCUAAUCUAAUCAUAUUUGAUCUUGAAUGGGGAAACCGCGCCAAGUAUUGUUUUAGUUCCUAAAAGCACGCUUUCCAACUGGGUCAAAGAGUUUAAGCACUGGGCACCUUCUAUCCAAGUGUUUGAGUUCUAUGGGAACCUUGAGGAGCGUGAGCUGCUUAGACCAAAAGUCCCGAGGACGAACACUUAUAAUGUCUUACUCACCACUUAUGAAAUUGCAAUGGCUGAAAAAACUAUACUCAAAGGAGUAAAAUGGAAUUAUGUUAUCGUCGAUGAAGCUCAUCGUAUCAAAAACGAAAAAUCAGUGCUUUCUAAGAUUGUCAGACUCUUUUCAACUAACCUCCUAAUUGGCAAAGAGCAAAUCUAGAAAUUUUCUAAUGAAGCAUUUUUAAAAGCUAUUUCUAUUAUGCACUUGUAGUUAUUUAUAUUGAAAAUAUAAAAAACCCCACUAAUUUACUAAUAUUGAAUUUUUUUUCUAUUAUUUAGUAAGCUAAAACUGCUAAUUACAGGAACUCCUUUGCAAAAUAAUUUGCAUGAACUGUGGUCUUUACUAAACUUCUUGAUGCCUGAAAUUUUCGUGUCUUCUGAUGACUUUGACCAGUGGUUUGACCUAAAACAUGCCAAUUCUGAUAAUCAAGAUUACCUAGUCAGACAACUUCAUAGAGUGCUAAGACCAUUUAUGCUGAGAAGGCUGAAAAGAGAAGUAGAGUCUAAGCUUCCUCCUAAAAACGAACUCUACGUCUUUUUAGGGAUGACUAAAACACAAAGAGAACUAUAUAAGACAAUUCUCACAAAAAACAUAGAAGUAAUCAAUGGAUUUGGAGAAAGAAGUCAGUAUAUGAACACCAUAAUGCAGCUGAGAAAAGUAUGCAACCAUCCUUACUUGUUUGAAGGAAUUGAGCCAGGACCACCAUUUGUAGAUGGGGAUCACAUUAUUGAUGCUUGCAUGAAAUUUAAAUUUUUAGACAAACUCAUCCCAAAACUGAUCCAAAAUGGCUCUAAAGUUUUGAUUUUUACACAGAUGACUCGUCUAUUGGACAUUCUCGAUGACUUUCUCAAUAUGAGAGGCUAUAGGUUUUGCCGAAUUGAUGGCAACACCCCAUAUCUUGAUAGAGAAUCUCAAAUUGAUGAAUUCCAAAAGGCGGAUUCAAGCAUAAAUCUCUUUAUUUUGUCUACAAGAGCAGGAGGGUUAGGGAUUAAUCUUCAAUCUGCAAAUACUGUAAUAAUAUAUGAUUCUGAUUGGAAUCCCCAGGUAGAUUUACAAGCUAUGGACCGAGCUCACAGAAUAGGCCAAACAAGGACAGUCACCGUUUAUAGAUUUGUCACUGAAGGGACUGUUGAAGAAAAAAUUGCUGAAAGAGCAGCAAAGAAGCUGAAAAUGGAUCAUUUAGUCAUCCAAAAAGGAGCAUUGGCUUCACAAAAUAAAGCGCCGUCUGCACAAGAAAUGAAGCAAAUUUUGCAAUUUGGAGCCCAGCAGGUUUUAAAAACAACUGGAGAAAUUGCAGAUGAAGACAUAGAUACACUUUUGCAAUACGCACAAGAAAAAACGGAUAAAUUAAACGAAGAGCUCAAAAAAUUAGAAGAAACUUUUAAUUUAAAAGACCUGAGCUUUGAUGGCGCUUUAUUAUACCAAUUUGAAGGUGAAAAUUACAAAAAUGUGGAAAAAGAGCAUAUCAGUUUAGGAAAACGAAACAGAAAAGCAACUGGUGCUUAUGACAUGAAGAAAAGCUUACUAGCUCAAAAGAAAGACAAAUCUAAAAGAGGCUGGAGAGCCUUAGUAGGUGGAGGACACCCACAUCAGUUUUUUGACGACGAAGAGCUUGACAAAUUAGACCAAAAAGAAGAAAACUGGAACGAAUAUUUAAACACAAAAACAAAAAGGCGAACUCGAGGCGACGCUGCAGCUGAUAAGCCGCUAGCUUUUACUGAUAAAGAUAAAGCUUAUAGAAAAGAGCUGCUAAAUGAAGGCUUCGCGAACUGAACGAAACGAGAAUUCAAUAGCUUUAUUAGUGGCUGCGAAAUAUAUGGAAAAGACGAGCUUGACAGAAUCCAAGAAGAAGUCGGCACCAAAACUUUAAAAGAAAUAAAAAAAUACUCAAAAGCGUUUUGGCAGCACUAUGAAUCAAUGCCAAAUGGGGCUGAACUUGUAGAAAGGAUUGAGCAAGGACAAAGAGAUAGGGAAAGGCUUUCUAAAAUCGAAGCUAUCCUUGGGAAGAAGAGGAAUAGAAUUGAAGCUGGCGAACCUCUUGACUAUCCUUCGGAUCCUAAGCCGACACAUUUUAGCAGAGAAGAAGAUCAGUUUUUGCUGAAGCAGCUGAUAACGAGAGGGUACGGUAACUGGGACGAUAUGAAAAGCGAAAUCCAGAUGGUGCCAGAGUUCAGAUUUAUUAUAGGUAAAACUGAAUUUAAGAAAAUGAUAUGCCAAUAACCUAUAUAUUAACUAUUUAUCAUUGUGAACAGAAUAAUCAAUAAGAGUAUAACAUUUGGUUUCAAUCUAAAUCAUGUGACGAGAUUGAAAAAAGGUGUGACUAUCUAUUAGACAUCUUAGACGAAGAAAGUGAAAGCCCAAGAAAGCACAGAGCUGUCGAAGCAGAUAGCACAGACCAAAGCAGAACUCGCAUCGAAGUGAACCCGGAUUUCAAGUGGAUCAUUAUAUUCCCCAAAAUAGUUUUAACCUAA